AUGUCAAUGAUAAUUGCACAAAGCCCUAAAACGUAUUUCGGUGCGGGAGACAUUCAAAAGUCAUUGGGUUCUCUUCCUGGAUUCCCAUGGGCAAAAUAUCCCGGAGAAAAACAUCUCCUAGGGCACAAUUAUACAGGUCCAGGCACUAGGUUAGAUCUGCGUUUAGACGAAAAUGAUAUUCCCAAACCAGGGGAAGAACCCGUUAAUAGAGUUGACGCAGCAGCGCUCAAGCACGACAUACUGUACAGAAACAAAGACAUAACAUUCAGACACCAAGCAGACAAACAAAUGAUAGACGAACUCAAAAAUAUUCCCAAUCCCACUUUCAAAGAGAAAUUACAGAGGGCUCUUACCAUAAAACUCUUGAAGGCAAAAUUGAAAUUGGAAUCUAAAAAUCCCAUGAGUUCUACGGCGUUUAUAAACAAAGCGAAACCUUUUUUCGUGGAUCAAAUCGGAGACACCUUGCAAGGGGAUAUCGAUAUGAACAAUUUCAAAAUAACUAAUUUAAAGUUUCCAGGAAACGAUAACGAUGCCGUGAACAAGAAAUAUUUACUGGAUCAAAUAAACGCAAUUCAAAUAGAUAAGGACCAUGUUGAAAAUAGAAUAAAUGACGUGAAAAGAUACAUCAGACGAAAUAUUAAAAAUCUUGUGGACGAACCCAAACUACAACAAGAGUUAACGAGUUUGAAACGUCUUAUUCAAGUGGAUAAAACAAGUCAGUUGCAAAAUUUAAUAUCUAAAUUAGACGAUAAGAUUACGAAGGUAAAAAUAGACGUCCAACGUUUAAUAGACAACCCAAAUGUAAACGAGGAUAGAUUGAAACGAAAACUAACCGCUUUGGAAAGAAAACUUGGCGAAUUGCUAACAGAACUAGACAAGACCGCGGACAAAACCGAGUUACAAAAUUCGAUAUCCAAUUUGAACGAAAAGAUCGCGAAGCAAAAAUCAGAUGUUCAAGAUAUAAUUAACACAUUUCCCAUUGACAAAGAUACGUUGAAACGACAAUUGACUGCUUUGGAUACUAAAAUCACGGACGAAUUAGAAAAAGAAGUGGGUGUGAUUAAAAACUUUCUUCAAAAUAAAUUUCGAGAUGAUAUGAAAAAUUAUAUUAAAGAACAGGUCAAUCUUUUAGUAUCUAGAAUUCAUGACGAUUUUUUGAGACAAGAGAGAAAGUUGACCAAAUUAGAAGCUAUUGUCACGGACAAAUCGUAUUAUUUCAAUCUACCAUUCGAAAGUGACACUGUCUUCAAUGGAAAAGACCAAAUUUAUAAAUCAAACAAAUACGGAUUCAAAGCAGAAAUAAAAGUGGGUUCUCUCGUAGACGGAGAACCUAAAAACGUAUUCGAUAUCGGCGAAACGGAAGCGUUUACUUUUCGAGGUAAUUGUCUGAUUCAAAUAGGGUUUCCCAUGAAGGUUAAAGUCAAUAAAGUAGUCUUCAAACAAACCGGUAAUGCCGUCAAACAUAUUUCAUUAUUCAAUGAUGGUAAUUUGGAAGAGAAUAUACGUUUGAUUGAUAAAAGGGAUCAGGAAAUUGAAACGAAAAAUAGUAAAUAUGUAGACACCUUUAAAAUGGAAGUAGAAAAUGAUAAGGAUAACAUUGGAAUCAAAGAUUUGGAUAUGAUAUUGGAGACGGAAAAUCCACCAUCAACCAACAUUGUCAAAGUUUCACGACGCUUACACGUAUACGGAUCAAUAGAAUCGAGCAGUCACGAGUUUUUACGAACAACAGACUUUGAACACGUAAAACUGUAUUUCGCUUUAGGUGAAAAAUACACCUCGAUCGAUGUUCAUAAAAGUCAACAAGAAAGAGAGUUUAUAGUGCAUUUAUCGUUUGCUGAAGACUCCAUCCUUGAAGGUGGUGGUUAUAUUUUUAGAGCCAAAAUAAAAAUCGAAAAAGAAAAAAUAAAAUAUUCCUAUCAUCUUAAAGAGGACCAUACGAAAAAAGAAAUGUCGUUAGUACGCGUAAAUGUUGUUACUUUUAAUACCCGCAAAUAUAAUAAUGCUAGGCCAAACAAGUACGUUCUAUACGAUAUUCCGUGGUUCCAUUUAUCGGAAAUUCACUUAAUUUAA